AUGGCAAACUACUAUGGUCCAGUUCCGCCACCAAUACCGUAUGGCUCAAGACCUUCCGGUAUAACGCCACCUCGAAGACCAUCUCAGCCAUCAGUUGAAGCAAGUAUCUCUGAUCUGACUCGGAAGAACGCUGUCUACUUUCCAAACUAUCGAGUCUAUCGAGGAGAGACACCAGCGACGUUGAACUACAACUGCAUCAGCCAUGUCUUCUAUGCUUUUGCCCAUGUUGCAACAGAUGGUGGCGUCUUUCUGAGUGACGAAUGGGCUGAUGCUCAGAUGCCAGUCGACGGAGCCACAGGAUGCUUGGGAUCUUUCAUGCGCCUAAAGCAGGAACAUGGCUACUUGAAGUUGAUCUUGUCUAUCGGUGGAGGAGCUGCGAGCCAGAACUUUGCAAGCAUCGCGGCGAGCGCUGCUACUCGGGACAACUUUGGAAGAUCUGCAAGAGGUCUGGUAGAAGCAUCAGGAUUCGAUGGAAUCGACAUUGACUGGGAACACCCUUCCGACCCAGAACAAGGCAGGAACUUUCUAGCGUUGCUCGCUGCCAUCAGACUUCACUUGCCAGACGACCGAUAUCUCCUCACAGCAGCACUGCCAGCUGGACAAUGGGCACUUCAGAACAUCGAUCUCUACAAAGCACAAGACUACCUCGACCUAAUCAACCUCAUGGCCUACGACUUUGCAGGUGCGUGGUCUCCCAAAGCUGGUCAUCACGCCCAGCUAUUCCCAGGCAGUCCCGAGGAGCCAUCGGGAUCCGCUGCUGUUGACUAUGUUAUCUCGACUGGGUUUCCAGCAUCCAAGAUACUACUAGGUGUUCCCGUCUAUGGCAGAUCAUUUCUCGGUGCCAGUGGUCCUGGGCGGUCCUUCAAAGGGAAUGGUGGUGAUGAAGGAACCUUCGAAUACAAGCAACUACCUCGCAACGGUGCCGAAGAGAUCGUAAACACAAGGGUCGUGGCUGCAUUCUGCACAGGCGGUGAUGGUGGAUUUGUAACUUACGAUAACCCAGAGACAGUGAAGCUCAAAGCGAACUUUUGCAAAGAGAAGGGGCUUGGGGGUCUCUUCUACUGGACUGGCACAGCAGAUGCGCCUCCUGGUCCUCGAAGCUUGAUAUCAACAGGAUUCAAAGCACUUCACGCUUCAUGA